AUGGCCACUAAAGGACCACCCAAAAAAAAAAUAAAGAAAAUUAAUACUACAGUAGAGGAGAUAAUUGAUGUAAAACAAGAAAUAUUAGGGACGGUCAUUGCCCAAUUGAAAUCUAUUAAUGGUGAAGUUACUGGUUCACCUUUAAGUUUACCUGCAAACGAUGAACCACUUCCUUAUGCAUUUUCAGUUGAUGAUAAAGAAAUCACGAAUACACUUUAUAAUGAUAUUAUUCAAGGAUUAAAAAAAUCAACUGAAGAUGUGUUAACUAUUGUUUAUCAACCACAAGCUAUAUUUCGUGUUCGAGCUGUGACUCGAUGCACGUCUACACUUAGCGGACAUACUGAUGCAAUCCUAUCGAUUAGCUUUAGUCCUGAUGGCACUCAACUUGCAACUGGAUCAGGCGACACCACUGUAAGAAUAUGGGAUCUCAACACGGAAACUCCUCAUUUCACCUGCAGAGGACACGCAAAUUGGGUGUUAUACAUCUCAUGGUCUCCAAAUGGUAAAAUAUUGGCUUCCGGAAGUAUGGAUAAAACCGUUAGAUUAUGGGAUCCAUCAACAGGAAGACCAUUAGGAGAUCCAUUAAAAGGACACACACAAUGGAUAACAUGUUUAGCAUGGGAGCCGCAACAUCUGAUAUGGGAUACUACAUUAAGACGAGUCGUAAUGAACAUGUCACAACAUACCGCGGCCGUUACUUAUAUAAAAUGGGGAGGUGAUGGACUUCUUUAUUCUGCUAGUCGGGAUAAAACAAUUAAAGUUUGGAAUGCGACUCAAGGAACCCUUAUUAGAACCUUAGAAGGACAUGGUCAUUGGGUUAAUACUAUGGCAUUAAGUACGGAUUUUGUAUUAAGAACUGGUGCUUUUGAUCAUACCGGUAGAAUUCCGAAAGAUGAAAAUGAAGCACAGGAGUGGGCUUUGGCUAGAUAUAAGGCUGUAGUUGGAAAUAAACCAGAGCGAUUGGUCUCUGGUAGUGAUGACUUUACAAUGUUCUUUUGGGAACCUAGUACAAGUAAAAAAUCAAUUGCUCGAUUAACGGGACAUCAAAAAUUAGUAAAUCAUGUGUGUUUUUCACCUGAUGGCCAUUUAUUUGCUAGUGCAAGUUUUGAUAAUUCAGUUAAACUUUGGGAUGGUUUUACGGGAAAAGGGCAUGUCGGUCCUGUUUAUCAAGUUUGUUGGUCCUCUGAUAGUAGAUUACUCAUUAGUGCUAGCAAAGAUAGUACAUUAAAAAUUUGGGAUUUAAAAACCAAACAAAUUAAAUUAGAUUUACCGGGUCAUUUUGAUGAGAUAUUUAGCGUUGAUUGGAGUCCAAGCGGAGAAAAGGUUGCAAGUGGUGGCAAGGAUCGUCAAUUAAAGAUAUGGAGAAAUUAA